UCUGAGCUCCACCACUGGACCACAUGAACCUGAAGAGAUAGAGACUCUUGUCCUGCGUAUGAGAACAUCUCAGACACUGCAGCACAGACAGAAGACCCAGAGGAGCAGGAAGACCUGGUGUGAAGUCCAGUCAGAUGCAGCUGAACCAGAGGCGGGACUCACCUGAGGGAAACAAAGUAGUACGACAUUGAAAUAUCCCUGAGGAGAGCGAGGCUGUGGAGGAUGCGUGGGAAGUGGAUACAUUUACCUUCAACUCCAGAAAAUGUUAUUGUCAGUUUUGAGUAGCAGCAGCAGAAUUACUGAAAAUGUACUGGCCCCAUUUUCAUGAAACCUGGUGAAAGGGUGUAGAUUGGCCCUAGGAAGAAACCAUUACAUUUUGGAGCGGAUCCGAACUACGGUUUUCUAACAACAGAGGAGAGGCAUCUUUAAAGACGACGUCCGUCUUCAUGAGAGAUGAGAGGAGCAGCUAUGAGUUUAACUGCAGCAGCGAGUGGAUUUGUUGUCUUCCUUCUCUCUGUGUCAGUGAUACAGGGUCAGGCUGUCUCGAGAGUGACUUACACCUCUACUCAGAUCUGUGCUGUUAAAGGAUCAACAGUGAACAUACCCUGCAGCUACACAUACCCAUCAGCUGUAGGUGGCGUUGAUAAUACAGUUGAGAGAAUAUUAUGGUUUACUAAAAAGAAUAAUGAUGAACCUGUAGAUCUGACAACAAUGUCAGAGUAUUCAGGUCGUGUGCAGUAUAACAGUAAAAACAAGGACUGCACUCUGAGAAUCUCAGACCUGAGAGAGAGAGACUCAGCUGUGUACAAGUUCAGGUUCAUAACAAACCAUUUAACAGGGAAAUAUACUGGUUCACCUGGAGUCACUCUGUCUGUUACAGGUCUCCAGGUGCAGGUGAACAGAUUAGAGGUCCAUGAUUCCUCUAACUUGGCAGAUCUGAAGUGUCAGAGCAGUUGUCCUCUACCUGGUCAUCCUUCCUACAUCUGGUACAAGAAUGGACAGAACAUUCAGGGACAAACAUCUGAUUCUUAUUCAGCCUCCUUGGAUCCUACAGACAGCUUUUCCUGUGCUGUAAGAGGACAUGAGAAGUCCCGCUCUCCUUCAGUGUUGAUAAAGGGUCAGAAUGGCUUGGGAGUGACUUACACCUCUACUCAGAUCUGUGCUGUUAAAGGAUCAACAGUGAACAUACCCUGCAGCUACACAUACCCAUCAGCUGUAGGUGGCGUUGCUACUACAGUUGAGCAGAGCGUCUGGUUAAGACAACAGUUUGUGGAUCUGAAAACAGUCUCAGAGUAUUCAGGUCGUGUGCAGUAUCACUCUGAAAACAAGGACUGCACUCUGACAAUCUCAGACCUGAGAGAGAGAGACUCAGCUGUGUACUAUUUCAGGUUCAUAACAAACCAAGGUGGGAACUAUGUUGGUUAUCCUGGAGUCACUUUGUCUGUCACAGGUCUCCAGGUGCAGGUGAGCAGAUUAGAGGUCGACGAGUCUUUUAACCAGGCAGAGCUGAAGUGUCAGAGCAGUUGUCCUCUAACUGGUCAUCCUUCCUACAUCUGGUACAAGAAUGGACAGAACAUUCAGGGACAAACAUCUGAUUCUUAUUCAGCCUCCUUUGAUCCUGCAGACAGCUUUUCCUGUGCUGUAAGAGGACAUGAGGACUUCCCCUCUCCUUCAGUGUAUGGUCCAAAGCUUCCCUCUGUGUCAGUGAGUCCCUCUGCUGAGAUAGUGGAGGGCAGUUCAGUGACUCUGACCUGUAGCAGUGAUGCUAACCCAGCAGCUAAAUACACCUGGUACAAGGAGAAGCUAGUCUUUAAAUAUCUCAGUAAAGGACCACAGUUCGUCUUCAGCUUCAUCCGGUCCUCUGACUCUGGACAGUAUUCCUGUAAAGCUGAGAAAGAAAUAAGGAAAUACAUCAAUAUAAAUGUGAAAUAUGGUCCAAAGAAUACCUCUGUGUCAGUGAGUCCCUCUGCUGAGAUAGUGGAGGGCAGUUCAGUGACUCUGACCUGUAGCAGUGAUGCUAACCCAGCAGCUAACUACACCUGGUACAAGGAGAAUGAAGACUCUCCAAAAGCAUCAGGACAGAUCUUCACCAUCACUGACAUUAGACCUGAACACAGUGGGAAUUAUUACUGUGAAGCCCAGAACAGAAGAGGACGUCAGAACUCCACCUUACAUCUGAUUGUUGUAGCAGGGAGUUCAACAAUGAUAAUGAAUAUCAUCAGGCUGACUGUGGUGGUCCUGAUGCUGAUUCCUCUGCUGCUCCUGAUUCUGUGGGCGAGGAAGAAGACAACUCUGAGCUCCACCACUGGACCACAUGAACCUGAAGAGAUAGAGUUAGACUCUUGUCCUGCGUAUGAGAACAUCUCAGACACUGCAGCACAGACAGAAGACCCAGAGGAGCAGGAAGACCUGGUGUGAAGUCCAGUCAGAUGCAGCUGAACCAGAGGCGGGACUCACCUGAGGGAAACAAAGUAGUACGACAUUGAAAUAUCCCUGAGGAGAGCGAGGCUGUGGAGGGUGCGGGGGAAGUGGAUACAUUUACCUUCAACUCCAGAAGAUUUUAUUGUCAGUUUUGAGUAGCAGCAGCAGGUAGGAGUCAGCAGCAGCAUGUAGCACAACGUUUAGAAGAAUGUGGUGUUGGCAGCUUGAACUGAAUCAUGUCGAGGUGUCAAACAUGAUUUAUUGUUCAGAUCAGCUGAUGCUCAGCUGCUCUGUGACUUACUGAUGUAUAUGCAAGUUGAUUUUCAACUGUAGAGUUAGUUUUAGGCAAUGUUAUGCUUAAGGCUACGAAGGAUACACUUCAUUUAGUGAUGAAAAUAAUUUGAUUUUGUACCUUAUAAAGUUCAUCUGAAAAUGUUUUGGCAUGGGGAUUUAGAUAAAGACCCAUAGGAGUUAGGGGGAGUUAAGGGGGAGAAGAAAAAAAAAAGGAAAAUGAUUUACAACAUACAUUUUGUAUAAUAUGUUAUUAGUUUUUUUGGUUGCUGGUGUCUUUGGUUUGCUUAUUUUGUUCAUUUCUGGGGGUUUUUGUUAGUUCUGUCCCUUUUAGGCUAUAUCCUAUAUAUAGUAUAUUUAUAUAACAUGUGCUGUGUAUAUAAUUAGGCAUUCUUUAGUCUAAGGUGUAUGUCUAAUUUUCCGUAUCUUUUUUAAAGUGAACUGGGCUGAGCCCUGUGUUGUGUUUUGAUUACAAUGACUGCAUAGAAAGGAACUCAUGCCUUUGAGAGUGGAAUAUGCUUCAGUAACUACUGAUUAACUGUGCUGUAUGUAAUGUAUUUUGUUUUUGGACGUGAUUUGCAAAUGAAUGAAAAACAAUUCCAAUAAAAGAGUUAGUUAUUUUAUAGACAUUAAGGAACAAAGUUGUUAUGCAAAACGUAUUUUUGAAAUUCUAUGUAAUAAAUCACUUUUCAAAA